AGAAAGGGAAGAGGGAAAAGCGAAUGAACAGCCAAAAGAAAGUGCAGAUUCUUUCCUUUUCUAUAAUCAAUCAUUAUGGAUUCCUCAAAGACUCCUGUUAAGCUCGCUAGAGUUACUAAGGUCCUCGGUCGUACUGGUUCUCGUGGUGGUGUCACUCAAGUCCGUGUUGAAUUCAUGGAUGAUACCAACCGUUCUAUUAUCCGUAACGUUAAGGGUCCCGUUCGUGAAAAUGAUAUCCUUUGUCUCUUGGAAUCUGAACGUGAAGCUCGU